AUGGAUUCAGCAUCCAUGAAAUAUAUUUAUAGAAGGCAAUGUGAGCAAAAUUUAAUGCAUUUAUUUGCAUUAAGGAGAGGAAUUUUUUAUGAACAUGAUAUUUUUCAAAGGAUACUUCCUUUUACCAUGGUUAGAUUAACCCUUUUCUUUAUCAUCUCUCAAGCUUUUCGUCGUCUUCUCAAGCCUUUUAAGCAAACAGAAUUUGUAUGCGAUUUGCUGACAGGAAUUAUUUUAGGACCAUGUGUCCUAGGAAGAAUUUACAAAAAGUACAACAUCAUAACAGAUAGGCCUAAUCAAAUACAAUUCAUCAAUGUGGUUGCCUACAUGGGUGUUCUUUAUCAUGUAUUCCUAAUUAGUAUAAAAACUGAUUUUGGUGUCCUUAAAAGGAGUGGAAAGAAAGUAUGGGUUAUAGGACUAUCCUCUCUUUUUGCUUCAUUCUUUGUUAUGGCUUCUCUUAAUGAUCUACUAAAUCCUCUUACAUUCAAGACUCCUUUCCUUGUCUACAUAUUUGUCUUCCAACAUUCGUCGACUUGGUUCACAAACCUAGCUCCGAUCCUAGAAGAACUCAACCUUUUAACUACCGAAAUGGGGCAACUUGCAUUGGCCUCAUCGAUGACUAAUGAAGUCGUUACAUGGUGCUUUUGGAUGUACUUACUGAUCACUAAUUUGUUUCAUUUACGCGGUUUUUACAAUGGUGUUAUGCCCCUUUGUUUAGUUGUAGGUUCGAUUAUGUUAGGUUUAAGGCCGGUUUUGAUAUGGUUUAUCAAACGGGUACCUCAAGGCGAACCGGUUAAGGAAGUGUAUGUUAUUGGGAUUUUACUAGGGGCUUUUGUUAUGUCAUUUAUUAGUGAUAUUGUAGCUGGAUCUCCUGUUCUAGGAGUUGCAUUUCUUGGUUUGGUUAUACCGAGUGGCCCCCCUUUAGGCAAAAUAAUUCAACAAAGGAGUGAAAUGUUCAUUAAGAUUUGUCUACUUCCUUUCUUUUACUUGGCUAUUGGUGAUAUGACUGAUAUAUAUGGUAUAAGGGAUCUUAAGGCUCAUAUUGGAUUCCAAUCAAUUCUAAUUAUUGGUUAUUGUAUUAAGACAUUUGUUACCAUGUUGGUUGCAAUGUAUUAUAAGAUCAGCCCUAGAUUAGGAUUGGCUCUUGGUUUAGUGAUGGAUACAAGUGGGGUACUCAAUGUUAUGGUUUUCUUGAGUUACACGCUACGUCAGAAAAUGUAUAGUGACAAGGCAACACACCUAGUGUUGAAUAGUUUGGUUGUGACAACAAUUGUGACACCACUAGCAUUUUACUUGCACAAGGAUCGUAAUACAAAUUGUAACAAGUCCAUUGAAGGUUUUGACUUAUCAUUCUUAGCAACAUUAGAGGCACCAAAAUUGAAGAUCCUAGCAUGUAUUGAUACCGAUGAUGAAAUCUCCGGCAUCAUUUCUUUGUUGAAUGUUUCGAGUCCCUCGAAAUCGCACCCCAUCGAUGUUUAUGUGGUGCAUUUAUCGGAAUUUGUAGGUCAAGCAACACCUAUACUGAUGGUUCAUCGAGAUCAUAAAAGAAUAUGUGACUAUAAUGGUUGUGUUCAUAUAAUGACUGCAUUAAAAAGUUAUUGUGAAAAAUCUGAGGGUGGUAUUAACAUUCAAUUGUUAACUAUGAUCACACCAUUUAAGAGCAUACAUGAAGGUAUUUCUUUCUUAGCUAGGGAAAAAAUGAUUCCUCUUCUUAUUGUGCCUUAUAAUUAUACUAGUCAAGGGCUUGCGCUUAAUAGGAAUUCCUCGAGUGAUCUUAAUCGUAAGCUACAAUUACACAUGCCUUGUACGAUUGGAAUUCUUGUUCAUAGGGAUAAGGCUAGUAAGCAAUGGAAUUACAAAGAUACGUUCUCUUAUCGUGUUCAUGUUAUUUACUUCGGAGGGGAAGAUGAUCGAGAAGCGUUAGCAUAUGCAACACGAAUGUCUAGACACCCGCGUGUUAGCAUUACCUUAACACGAGUUGUGGUUAAAGAAAGCCAAGGUACUAAUAAACACGACAAGAAAUUGGAUGAUUUUCAGUUAGCUUUGUUUAAGACUAGGGUUGUUGGUAAGAGUCGAGCUCAUGUUUUUCAACAAAUUUAUGUGCAAGAUUGGUUAAAAGCACUUGAUGUAAUCAAAUCUUUUGACAACAAUUAUGAACUUGUUAUGGUAGGAAGACGACAUGGUGAGACUACCGUGAGUGAAAAAGAACUAUCGGUUUUGUGUGAGAAUCCGGAAUUAGGCUUAAUUGGUGAAAUUUUUGUUUGCAAUGAACUUCGUUGGGGAAACACCUCUAUUUUGGUAAUGCAACAUUGUAGAAAUAUUGGUAGAGAUGAAGUUUUAGACAAUCUUAAGGUAUUGGAAGACAAUGUAUGAUGACUACGUUUCGAUGGGUUCGAGUUUUGAGUUUUAACAACACGAAAAUCUCGAUACAGGCUCGAAAUGCCAUAAUUCACGGAUCUAGGUCUUGCUUCUUUAUACCGAAUAUAUACAUCUUC